AAUGGGCAAUACGAUAUUCAUCAUGAGCUAUCAGCGGAAGUUAAAGCCGGAGAUGAAGAUGGUACCUUUCCACACCUUACAGGAGGAAUUGAAAACCAAUCAAUUAAUGACAGAAAAGCUCCGGAGGAAGUAUUGAAUGCCAAGUCAUAUGAGCAGGGAAGUUUCCAAUGUGCCUUGAGCGGAAGCAAUAAAAGAUCUUUGCAGAAUACCGAGACCUGGUUGGUGGAUUCGCAAAGAAUGACCGAACGAUAGAAGAUACCAAUCAAUCAUAUCUCUUCGAUGAUUCGACUAGACCUUCCAACGAACAGUGAAUUCCAAUUCGCAACAAAAGCACCUCACACUUCACGGGAGAGUUUGAAUGCUCAGGAAAAUCCUCCACAACCGGAAGGAAAUGAGCCUAGGAGUUCCGGGAGCUCUCCACAUGACAGGAAGGAAAAGUUUAAUGACAUCAGUUCGAGUUCACAUCCAACUACCGACGAAAGCACACAAAUAAGCUCAGGUUUUUCAGGAUUUGAAUCACUUUCCGACCUACGAAAGCUGUCCAGCUUCGGAAUUAUGUAUACGGAAACUCGGGACUCACGAGCCACAAAGAAAUCGCGAAAUAACACAGUCCUCAAUGAAUUAUUUGCAGAUAUUGUACAAUCUACCGAGCCAUCGCUUCAACAUCCGCAUCCCAAAGCACGCUUAGCGAAUCGUCUAGUAUCAAGAGAAAUAAGACCACUCGACGAGCGAAACGUAAGUCAACUCCCGUUGAAGAGCAGAGACAUCCUGGAAAACCGGGAUUAUGGAGUGAUAAAUUUAUGAAAAAUAUAGAUGAGCUCGUGGAAUGGGAGUCCAGAGAGCCAAACACAGGAUCAUUGGUCUUGAUUAGUAAUCCAGAGACCCUUGCCGGUCCAGGAAAUAAUGAUCAUUCUGUCUCCCUGCAUGAGCAGCAUGAGCAGCAAGAGCGGCAAGAGCUGGAUAUUGAGUAUCCGGGCUAUUGCUUUGAAGUUUCUUACGAUUGGUCUUUGUCUAUCGGAGUUUUUGAUUUCUUUGGAUAGGACUAUUAUCACAACUGUAUGCACUCAGUACCAUUCCUUCCUUAUAAAAUAUCCUAACAUGUGGCCCAGGCACUUCCAUAUAUCAGCGGAGAGUUUCAGUCAUUCGCCGAUCUCGGGUGGUACGGAAGUGCAUACCUACUCACAGCAUGCGCGUUCCAACCAUUCUAUGGAAAAAUCCUCACAAGCUUUAGUAUCAAAUGGUUAUAUAUCGCCGCGAAUAUAACGUUUGAGAUAGGAUCCUUGAUAUGUGGCAUAGCGCCUAAUUCUUUAACAUUGAUUAUAGGUCGAGCCAUUGCUGGUAUUGGGAGUGCGGGUAUUCUAACUGGUUCUUUUGUUGUUGUCGCUCAUAGUGUACCUAUGCCGAAACGUCCUGUUUUUACAGCGGCAGUGGGUUUGAUGUAAGUACUACGAGCCUUUCUCAGCACUUUAUCUAAAGAAACUUUAGGUUCGGAUUGGAGCUACUGUAGGUUCGCUGUUUGGAGGAGUUUUUACCGAUCUCGUUACAUGGAGAUGGGGUUUUUAUUUUAAUCUUCCUGUUCGUGGUGUAGCCAUCUUGGCUAUGAUUGUAUCCUUUAAUCCUGCGAAAAGCAAUAUGAACACGAAAUGUUCGUUCGGUUCUAGAGUCUUAGAGCUAUAUAUCGUUGGAAAUAUUCUCUUGCUCGGUGCUUGCGUUAUGCCUUUCAUAGCUUUCCAAUACACUGAGGAGGUAAGUCUCAUCUACAUUUCAACUUGAUAGUUUUGAGACAAUGGGUGCUGACCGUUUAUCAGGGGUCCUCCUGUCCAGCACAAAGGUCAUCGGUGUCCUCGUUGGCUUCAGUGUAACCAUAGUUAUAUUCGGACUAUGGCUCUGGUACAAAGGCGAGAAAGCUCUUAUUCCACUUGAAAUCCUCAAACAGCGCAGCGUACUAGCAAGCUGUCUCUUCUAAUUCUUCAUCUACUCGGCCUUGAUAAUCCACAGCUACCAUCCACCCCAAUGGUCCCAGGCAAUCAAAAAUACUUCAGCCAUCACCUCCGGUGUUGACAUCAUCCCCUAUGUAGUCUGCGACGCUUUCUUCUCACUCGUGGCCGGUGUUAUCGUCUCGAAAUCCGGAUACUUUACUAUUAUCGGUACGGUAGUCGCCACAAUAGGUUGCGGAUUGAUCAGCACACUCAAAACUGAUACCACGUUAGCGCAAUGGGUCGGCUAUGAAAUACUCAGUGUAGCAGGUUUUGGCAUUGCUAUCUAACAAGGAUUCACUGCUGUUCAAAGAGUCUUAUCUCUAGAGAAAAUACCCAUCGGUACGGCUGCUGUAGUUCCAUCGCAGUCUUUUGGCGGUGCAAUUUUUGUUUCUGUCGGUAACACCAUUUUCCAGAACCAAUUAAAAUCCUCCGCGGAAAAUGGACAACUGCAAGGAAUCGAUAUUCAGGCUGUUUUGGAUGCUGGUGCUACUGGUUUUAGAUCUGUUGUUGAUGCUGAUCAAUUACCUGCGGUGUUGGCAGCUUAUAAUUAUAAUGAGGCAUUGCAGAAAGUUUUAUUGCGGCGAUUCCUGUUACUGCGUUGGCGUUUGUGUCUUCCUUUUCUUUUUUGGAAUGGAAGAGUGUUAAGACUAAAUAUUCUGCUGAUCAGGUUUGAGGUCAUUGGAUAUGGCAUUUUUUGGGGUCGUUCCGGGUAAGGUAUAUAAUACAUAUACAUGUAAUACGUUAGGUCUAUAGUAAAUUGUAAUU